AUGGACCAGCCUGACGUCAGCUUCCAGCCCGAGGCCUCGGCCCAGCAGCCGGCCUGCAAGGAGGAGGCGCCCAGCGCCGAGCCCGGCGCCCUCGACUGCGUUAUCUGCUUCACCCCUUACGACCGGCUCUUCCGGCUGCCCAAGGAGCUGAGCUGCGGCCACAUCUUCUGCCUCGAGUGCCUGGCGCGCAUCAACGUCUCUUCCGAGGAUGUCAACGCCCUCACCUGCCCCAUCUGCCGGGCCCCCACGGCCUUCCCUUCCCGCAAGGGGUUGCCGGGCCUCCCCACCCGCAGCGACCUCCUGGAGCAACUCUCUUCCAUGCCCGCCGUCCCUCCGGGCUCCGUGCGCUUUGACCGUCGCCGGGGGCUGCUCUACCUGCCGGGCAGGGGCCGAGGCGGCACCCCAGCUGGGCCCAAGCCCGGGACUUCCCUCAACACCGUCAGCCUGAGCGUCGACGUUGGCAGGCCUGCACCGCCAGGAGCCAACCGCAACCUGGCCCUCUCAGGCUGGCCGUUCUACGUGGCCUUGGCGGUCGCCCUCCUGGUUACCAUCGGCUUAAUUACCUGUGGCAUUUACAUAUUUUUGAUGCCGUCCAUGUACACUGUUUCCAUGGGAGGCCCACAUCACAGUAACCAGAGUCUUGGGCCAGGGUCAAACUGGACCUCCAGCCCAGCACCUGGUCCUCUACCCUAG